AUGAUGCCCCGGGAUAGUGCGCGCGGGAGAUUAAAGUCCCAUGAGGCUUGUCUCAAUUGCAGGCGAAAGAAGACUCGGUGUCCGGCCGAGAAACCCUCAUGCUCCAGCUGUGUUCGGCUAAAUCAGCCAUGUCUCUAUACAUCCAUUCCGAGGGGUUCGCGAGGAGGGCAGUCCGAUGAUAGACUGGCGUUCCUGGAAGAGAAGGUAAAUCUCAUUCUCAGUGGAACCAGGCCGACGCAAGAAGUUCGGCCAGACAAGACGCACGAGAAUGGGAAUGGCGCCGACACAUACCCAACGACAACACGUCUGUCCUCCAAUGAACCGCCGGCCGUCAACGACCCUUUCUUUCUAGGGUUUGGAUAUGAUGACUCAAUCUCACAUCCCUCAUCCUCGGCAAUCGCAAGAGCGAUAGAUCUCUACUUUGAAUACUGCCAUCGCCAGCCGAUUUGGUGCUUUGAGCGCGAGGAAGUCUCCGACCCAAGCUUUUUAUCGGAGGAAAUUAUUUGUUGCCUGUUGGCUCUAACUUCACGGUUCUCGCGGGAUCGAGAUCAUUUGCAGCAUUAUGGAGACAGCGCCAGAAGUUUGAUCAUGCUUCGGAUGGCUAAUGGCACAGUUGGGCUUGAGACGAUAGAAAGUCUCUGUUUGUUGUCAUACUCUUCUUUCUUAGAUGGAAAUAUUCAUCUGGGUCGCUUUCACCUGGGCCUUGCACUGCACCUGUGCAGGUCGGCGACAUUAGAUCUCGAAUCAGCAUAUGUCGGUGAGGGGCCCACCACUGAACGGAAAAAGCGUCUGUUUUGGAGUCUUCAGUGCCUCGAGCAAUCAUAUGGCCAGCAAAAUGGUUUCCUCUGCAUUCCAGCGGAAAUUUUGCGCACAUUCUACGUGUCUUCCAGUGGCGACCGCGCAUUACAAGGUGACACAGCGGCAAAGCCUCCACCCCUGCCAACAGAUGACCUCGGCUGUUCAAAUCCAUCCGACUUGGGAAUCUGGAGUCUCGCUGCCCAUUUCGGCUGGGUUUGGAGCAGGGUGCGAACUUAUGUUUCAGACUGUGCUCAGAAUCGAUUAAAAGAGCCAUGGAGACACGAUUCCAUGUACUCCAUGGUUUUGUCUGACCUCACGGAGAUUGAGAACAAGCUUUCCCAGUGCCAUCGUUACGAUUCAGUCAAGUUCUAUGAACGCACAGCGGAGGAGCUCAGAGUAAAUCGAGACUACUGGGCUCCAUGGCUGAAGCUCCAGUUCACUUAUCAUUGCAUAUUGACUGUUCUCAACCACCCAUUUGUUUACAUUGUGGCAUCGCAAUACAACGAAAAUCUAGCCAUCCCCAACGCCUUCUGGAGACGGUCAUCUGAGCUGGUGCUGUUGCACGCUACCUGGAUUGUUCGAAUGAUAGAUAUGGUGUCCGAGAAAAAGAUGCGACUGAUCGAUCCUUUCUUUGGACACGCUGCUGCCAUUGCAGCUACCGUGCACCUGUACUACUGUUGUGCCGCAGAUCCUCGACUCAAAUACAAGUCCAAAGUUGACUUCACAAAAUGCAGGAGGUUUCUCAAAACAUUUGUUUCCUUCUCACCGGCAUGUGAACAAUUGGACCAAACCCUAGACAAGAUGACGCGAAUUGCCUCUGGCUCGGAGAGCAUCGAUUACGAGUGGGAGCCUGAGAAGAUUCAUCUCAGUAUACCGUUGAUGUGGGAUGUGCUCCAGGUCAACUGCAAACCCAAACCGCACGAGGUCUCCACGGGCGGCUUACUCCACUCCUCAUUGACACCUACUGUUCCCACAGAAGAAGGCGACGAAAGCCCGACUUUCACCGUCGAGGUCAUCGUUGCCAUGUCCCCUAAUGUCACCGUCAACACAUCCGAUGGAGGUGUGACUGCCCAUAUGCCACCAACCCUGCCACGCAAAUCUUCUGGGAGCGCCCAAAGCUCCCCAGACUUGGGUCUUGGCGAGAAGCUAGUUGCACCAGCUGACAGUCUAAUGACCAAUACACCUUGGCUGUGGGCAGAUCCAUCCCAGUUCGUCGACAUGGAGAACAAUGUGGCGUAUCCGGACUCGGAAUCAAAUUUCGGGAACAUUGAAGGAUUCUCAACAUGGUGGGACUUUGGAAACCUAUAG